AUGCCGAGCUUAGGAGGUUUACUGAAGAAGCGGCGAACGAAGGACUCGCACGAUUUUGGGGAUUCUCAUACUGACGAUUCAGGCGCAUCCAUGCAACCCGCAUCUCAUGCCUCGCCCCAACAUACGGGUCAAUCGAAUGCCGCCAGCAUCGACAACAUCAUAAACUCGAAUUCUGGAAAUUCAAAUGAGUCUCAAUCACAGAGUCAGCCCCAGGGGGGCCAACAGGCUCACAAGCCCGAAAGAGUGACCAAGGGGAAGUACUCCCAGGAGGACUUCCAGUUGCAGCGCACCUUGGGAACAGGGAGCUUCGGUCGCGUGCAUCUGGUGCAGUCCAAGCAUAACCACCGCUUCUAUGCCAUGAAGGUUUUGAAAAAGGCUCAGGUCGUCAAGAUGAAACAGAUCGAGCACACAAAUGACGAGCGUCGCAUGUUGAAUCGCGUUCGUCAUCCGUUCUUGGUGACUCUGUGGGGAACUUGGCAGGAUUCCCGCAACCUUUACAUGGUCAUGGAUUUCGUGGAAGGUGGUGAACUGUUCAGUCUUCUGCGCAAGUCACAACGAUUCCCCAACCCGGUUGCCAAGUUCUAUGCAGCUGAAGUUACGUUGGCUUUGGAAUAUUUACAUGCACAUCAAAUCAUUUACCGUGAUCUUAAGCCCGAGAAUCUGCUUUUGGAUCGCCACGGGCACCUGAAGAUAACUGAUUUUGGGUUCGCCAAAAAUGUCCCUGAUAUUACGUGGACGCUGUGCGGUACACCCGACUACCUUGCACCAGAAGUCGUUUCUUCCAAGGGUUACAACAAAUCCGUUGAUUGGUGGUCAUUGGGUAUCUUAAUCUUUGAAAUGCUGUGUGGAUUCACUCCCUUCUGGGACAGUGGAUCCCCAGUCAAGAUCUAUGAGAAUAUCUUGCGUGGGAAAGUCAAGUACCCUCCAUACUUGCAUAACGAUGCGGUCGAUCUCCUCUCGCAAUUGAUUACGUCUGACCUCACCAAGCGCCUUGGCAACUUGCACGGUGGCCCGAAUGAUGUCAAGAACCACGCUUGGUUCGCCGAGGUCACCUGGGACCGACUGGCGCGCAAGGAUAUCGAUGCGCCAUACAUCCCCCCCAUUCGCGGUGGACAAGGUGAUGCCAGCCAAUAUGACAAGUACCCCGAAGAGACAGAGCACUAUGGUCAAGAAGGCGAAGAUGCAUACGGCCACCUUUUCCCCGACUUUUGA